GUGGGUCCCGCCUUGUGCGCGCGAAAGCCCGCGAUCAACGAAUCUCAGUCUCUUGCCUCACGAACGCGGAGCGAAGUGGACCUCUUGCUGUUGCGCUCUCGGUUCCAUUGUUAGUUUUCUUUGCAAUUACCAACCCAAACCAAUUUUACAAUGGCCGAUACUGCUGCUGAGGUUGUUGCCACCACCCCUGAGGUCACCAAGGAAGUCCCUGAGACCAAGACUGAGGAGGUAGAAAAGGCAGAGAAGGCCCCCGCCGAGGAGGAGGCUGAGGAAGCCAAGACCGAGGAGAAGGCAGCCAAUGGUGACAAAACAGAGGAAACCAACGGUGAUGCCACAGAGAAAACCGAGGAGGACAAGGCUGAAGAGACCGAGGAAGCCAAGGCGGAGGAGACCAAUGGCGUAGAGAAGGAAGCUGAUGAGGAAGCCGCCAAGACCAACGGCCACAGCGAAGAGACUAACGGCGUUGCUAAUGGUGAUUCUGAGAAGCGUGCAGCAGAGGAAUCUGAAGCCACCUCACCCACAAAGAAGGCAAAGGUUCAAGAGGAGACCACAGAGGCUGCAGCUGAAACCACUGCUUAAGUCUGUCUUCCGCUCUUGUCCCCCAAGACCCUCACUCUAGCCUUCUCAGAGACCUUUUUUUUUACUGAAACAAUCUUGCUGUUCUUUUCUUAUUUCAUUUGGAUGGGCACCUACUGAAGGUUUUGGUAGCCUCAAUUUUUUCUACCCGUGUACCUGUCAAUUAUUAUACACUUCCGUGUAUUCUUGGUAUGAAAGAAUGUUUGUGGGGUUCAAUUUAACUACACCGUGUACAAAUGUACAAACUGGUGUUACGUUCCUUCAGUCGAGUCAUGGUGGUUGUAGUAGUUUAAAUUUCAGUAGGUUCUUUGAACGCAGGAACAAAGUAACGUGGUCUGUAAGGCAAUUUUUAAAAAUUUGUACUUUGCAACCAUUUCCAGUGAAUGGUACUUGUUUUGUUUCAAGUCAGUGUAGUAAAGUUAUUUGUACAUGUUACUGAAUGGAUGUUUGAGAGUACUUGCUGUAGGCUGAACUAAUAUUCCAUGCCAUGCUAGGGCUAGUGUAGCACCAAUUACAAGUCUGCCUUUAUUUAUUUUCUAAGUCAUGUCUGAGUGUUGGAGUGAAAGUUUGCCACUAUCCACACCAAGCAGGGAAGGAUUGAAGCUUUAGUUUUAGUUCGUGCACAAGUCAACAUUCCGUUUCGUUAACAUGACUAAGGUUACUGUGUAACCUAAUCAGCUGAAGUGAGUGAUCUUGAAUGGUACGUAGUAUUAUUUUUCAAAUAAACCUUAACAAAAAUGU